AUGAACGGCACCGCCGGCGACGCGCCUUCGCCGCCGGCCGAUGUCGAGACCGACACCCGCCAGCUGAUCGGCGUCUGCCUCGCGCUCAGCGGGAACCUGCUCGUCUCAGUCGCGCUCAACAUCACAAAACACGCUCACAACCUGAACCAGCGCGCGGCAAAGCCGCAGCCGUACGUCAAGCUGCCCCUCUGGUGGACUGGCUUCGUCUCCACCAUCGUGGGCGAGCUCGGCAACUUUGCGGCGUACGGCUUUGCCGACGCGUCGGUGAUUGCGCCGCUCGGAGCCAUCUCCGUGCUGUCCAACGCGUUUAUCGCGGCCCUCGUGCUCGGGGAGGGCCUGCGCUGCCGCGACCUCAUCGGCUGCUGCCUCUGCAUCGCCGGCGGCGCCGUCAUCGUCGCGUCUUGCUCGACGCACGACUUGCAGGACAAGUAUGGCCACGCUCACGUCGGCUACUACGUCCUGCUCUGCUCCAUGCUUGGCGCGGUGGCCCAGAAGCGGAAGAGCUCGCUACCCGUGCGGGAGCCUGUCUUCUACCUCGCACUGCUCGUGCUCGGCAGCACCGCGGUGCUGCAGAUCCGGUACCUCAACAUCGCGAUGGAGAACUUCGGCAACACCGAGACGGUGCCCGUGUUCUACGUGAUGUUUACCCUGUGCACCAUCCUCGGCGCGGUGCCGACGCUGCCUGGUGUGUUAUUCCAAAUCGAAUCCCAAUUGUCACUCGCGAAAAUCUACGUGCCGUCCGUUGCCAUGAUGGCCCAGCCGCGGACCGCGUCGUCAGAGGGCGUUAUGCUGAUCCCAGCCAUCACCAAGAGGAACACGACUGGCUACAAGAACAUGUCCUACAACCGGCGCGAGAAGAAGUUCAAGGCGGAGGUGAAUGCUGGCGGCAAGUGUGUCCACCUCGGCUACUUCAACACCGCCGAAGAGGCGGCCACCGCUUACGCUCGGCGUCUACUACCGCCCGAAGGACGGCGAGGCAGCAAGAAGUACAAGCUGGAGGAGAGGACUGGUGGCAAGCAAGUCACUCUCGGCUGGUUCGCCACCGCCGAGGAGGCUGCGCUCUUCUACGCCCGCAGGGAGGCGGGCAUGGACACGCUCGCCAGCGAUCUCACUGCGCCGCCGCCGCCGCCGCCGCCGCCGUCCUCAACCUCUGCGGAGCUGCCACUGGCGCUGCCGCUAGGGCUGCCAUAA